AAAAAAAAAGGACCUAUACAGUACUUUUAAAGUGAUCUAGAAGGAGGAACUGGGCGUUUUUUUAAUGUUUAGAAGGAAAAAUCCAGGCUGAGAUUAUUAUAGAAACCCUCAUUCAUAUUCACAUCCAUACUCAUAAUCAGCAACUUCUCAUCAGACACCAUUUUGAUUAACAAUGUUUUUUGUCUCCAUUCAUCUGAUCAUGAGAAGAGACGAGUACAUGCUUUAGGCGAUCUAUUGUUAAUAUCAGCGUCCUGAUGAUGUAAUAUAAACCCCACUUCCUGUACAUUUCUUGUCACACACUGAUGAAAGUGUAUCCUGCGUUGCACAAUACAAUUACGCAAUCCAGCAUAUUGCAUACAACUAUAUAUUGUGUGUGUGUGUGUGUGUGUGUGUGUGUGUGUGUCCAAAAAAGCAAUUCUAGGUCCAGACGAAGAGUCCGAAAGCUUGGCCUAACUUCUCAGACACUUUGGAUGUUUAUUUCAGAAAGACACUGUGUUUUCAAGGGCGUGAGUGUGAAUUCAAUUCACAGUCUAUUGUCCUUGAUGGUCCUGUCUGGGUGAACAGUCAUCGUUCUCAAAGCUGAGGGACUAUCAGCUCUUUGUAAAAGGUGAUUAGGUGACAUCACAGGUUGACAGGAAGCAGACGCACAUCCUGUCAAAAUACAAAACGGUGUGUGUGUGUGUGUGUGUGUGUGUGUGUGUGUGUGUGUGUGUGUGUGUGUGUGUUGGGGGGGAGAUAAACUAGUAUUUUCGUAGUCUGGUCAUUGAUAAGUAGCUGAUGGGUUAAAAGUGGAGAUUAUUAAAUGAAGCCAUUAUGGCGCUUUAAAGGGUUUAUUACAUUUUGAAAGAAACCUGCAACCCCCUGGUAAAGCCCUGUUCCAAAUGAACUAUUUUUCGACAUAUAAUAACUUCUGAAAUGGCGUAUUAUCUAAUGAAUAGGCAAUUGUUUUGUUUACUUAAAAUACCCAGAGAUAUAAUGGAAUUAUAAAUGAUAUAUAAAGCAGGUGGGACAGAUCCAUUGAAUACCUCUGUGUCCUGCAUGCAGUGUUUUACAUACAGGUUAUAAUGUGCCAUUGGAAAGUUUUUAGUCCUGACAAAUUAAUCUUUCAUGCCUUUUUUUUCCUUUGUGACAUCAAUCCUAUGCCUAUAUAAGGAGAUCCGGAUAGGGCAAUGUGGUGUAGAAAGUGUGUUUAACCCGCCUGAGUGCCGGGACAGGACGGGGACACUGUCGGAUCACUGCAGGCGUGGUCACGUGUGUUUACUGUAAACACGACGUGCAAACUUCUGACUCGGAAGUACGAGCUGUCAAAGAGGUGUCUUCACUGGACGUGCCAUAAAACCGAACGGGGUAUUUACGACGGGUUCUCGUGAGCCUGUCAACACGUAUAACACGAGCACGCACACACACGCACGCACGCACGCGCGCGCGCGCAUACAGGAGUCCCAGGGGAAGCUGAGCGUCGGUCUGCGCGGCGCUGCGUCUGGAUUGGCGAACGCGUUUGUUAUUACUGGUGACGUGUUUUUUCUCCGCGGCUCUCGCCCCUCCUCGUCCUCCUCCUCCUACCCAGAACCACCCCCCCAACAUUCCCCGGGUCUGUUCCCGAGCCACGCUCUCGUCUUCUUCGAAGUCGCAGUGUUUCAGUCGGUUGUCAUGGCGGAGGGACGUGGCGAUCUACCGCCGCUUCAGCCGCCGCUUCAGCGCGCGUCGCCGCCGGCCAGCAAGCGGCCGUGCUUGCGUCCCGCUCCGCGAGGUCCAGGUCCGGGGCCCGGGCCGGGGCUUUCGAGCGGGCGCCCUCGCUGCCCGGAAUCGUUGCUGGACUGCGCGGCUAAGGCCGUAGCGGAGAAGUGGGCCUUCGAGCGGGUGGAGGAGCGCUUCGAGAGGAUCCCUGAGCCCGUUCAGCGCCGCAUCGUCUUCUGGUCCUUCCCGAGGAACGAGCGGGAGAUAUGCAUGUACUCGUCGUUUCAGUGCCGCGCCGCGGCCGAGGAGUCCACGUCUAACGGGGCGAGCUCCGCCUCGUCGGCCGGACCAGCCGGAGGUCCCGGAACCGUGUCCGCCCCGGCGGGUAACGCGAGUUCCGCGGGCACUGGCGCCAGUGCCGGAGCUGACGGACUCCCUUUCCGGCGCGGGAUCCGCCUUUUGGAAAUGGGCUGCGUGGAAAACGUCCUGCAAGUCGGUUUCCACCUCAGUGGAACAGUAACAGAACCGGCCACACACUCAGAGCCCGAGGUGAUGCACCGUGUGGCUAUUAGCUUCGACCGCUGCAAGAUCACAUCGGUCACAUGCGGUUGUGGAAACCGCGACAUCUUCUACUGCGCCCACGUGGUGGCGCUCUCGCUGUACCGAAUCCGGCGGGCCGAGCAGGUGAAGCUGCGGCUGCCCAUCUCUGAGACGCUCUUCCAGAUGAACCGGGACCAGCUGCAGAAACUGGUGCAGUAUCUGAUCACGGCACACCACACCGAAGUGCUGCCCACGGCGCAGAAACUCGCCGAUGAGAUCCUGUCGUCCAACUCGGAGAUCAACCAAGUGCACGGGGCCCCGGACCCCACAGCAGGAGCCAGUAUCGAUGAUGAUAACUGCUGGCACCUGGAUGAGGAGCAGGUACGUGAGCAAGUCAAGCAGUUCCUCUCCCAGGGAGGCUACUAUGGCUCGGGAAAGCAGCUGAACUCCAUGUUCGCCAAGGUGCGGGAGAUGCUGCGAAUGCGGGAUUCGAAUGGAGCUCGCAUGCUCACCCUCAUCACGGAGCAGUUUAUGGCUGAUCCUCGACUAUCGCUAUGGCGACAGCAGGGCACAGGAAUGACGGACAAGUGUCGGCAGCUGUGGGACGAGUUGGGUGCGCUGUGGGUGUGCAUUGUGCUGAACCCGCACUGUAAGAGCGAGGAGAAGAGCGCAUGGCUCAAACAGCUGAAAAAGUGGAGCGACAUGGAUAUCUGCCCGCUGGAGGACGGCAACUACGGCAGCGAGCUUCCCAACAUCACCAACGCCCUGCCCCAGAGCAACCUGGCACAUGACUCGUUGGCCAGGCCGAGAAGGACGGUGUUCACGCGCGCCAUGGAAGCGUGCGACUUGCACUGGCAGGACAGCCACCUGCAGAGAAUCAUCAGCAGUGAUUUCUACGUCUCACCGGCUUACCAGAGAGAGGGAGAAAACCUGCUCUUUAACCCUCAAGGCCUGCCGCUUUGGCUGGAUCACGUGCCGACCGCAUGUGCCAGGGUGGACGCCCUGCGUUCCCACGGUUACCCGAGAGAAGCUCUGCGAUUGGCCGUGGCGAUCAUCAAUACGCUCCGGCUUCAGCAGCAGAGGCAGCUGGACAUUUACAAACACCAGAAGAAAGAGCUGUUGCAGAGAGGAAUGACCAGCACAACCAAUCUGGAGGGCUGGGUGGGUCACCCACUCGACCCCAUCGGCUGCCUGUUUGCUACUCUAACGGAGACGUGUCGAGUGGAGGACGACAACGCCAUGGAUACCGGAGAUUCCAGUGAUCCCAAACCCCCUGUGUAUCAGCACGUGCCGGUGUGGGGCUGCCCAGACGCUGGCGAGUCGUACCUGGCCUUGGCGUUAGAGGUAGCACUGAUGGGUAUGGGGCAGCAGAGAUUAAUGCCCGAGGGCUUGUACGCCCAGGAUAAAGUGUGUCGCAACGAGGAGCAGAUAGUCGCCAAGCUGCAGGAGCUGGAGCUGGACGAGUUGCUGGUGCACACACUCCGCAAGCAGGCCAUGCUUCUGCUGGAAGGUGGUCCGUUCAGUGGCCUGGGCGAGGUAAUCCACAGAGAAAGUGUACCCAUGCACACGUUUGCUAAGUACCUUUUCACAGCACUCCUUCCCCACGAUACAGACCUGGCCUACAAGAUCGGCCUGAGAGCCAUGAGGUUGCCUGUUCUGGAGUCCACAGCUCCGUCAGGUGAUGUGGGUCACCCGCACCAUGGUAUCUCCAUUGUCCCGAGCAGAUACCCACGCUGGUUCACCCUCGGGCACCUGGAGUCCCAGCAGUGUGAGCUGGCAUCGACCAUGCUCACUGCAGCCAAGGGAGACAUGCUGAGACUGCGCACAGUCCUUGAGGCCAUUCAGAAAAACAUCCACUCCUCCUCACUUAUCUUCAAACUGGCUCAAGACGCAUUCAAGAUUGCCACACCUGCAGACAGCCCACCUGACAUCACCCUGCUCAAUGUUGCCCUGGAACUCGGCCUUCAGGUGAUGAGGAUGACUCUGUCGACCCUGAACUGGAGACGCAGAGAGAUGGUGCGUUGGCUAGUCACCUGCGCCACUGAAGUCGGUCUGCGGGCACUGGUCAGCAUUCUGCAGAGUUGGUACACACUGUUCACACCCACCGAGGCUACAAGUAUCGUUGCUGCUGCUGUAAUGUCUCACGGCACGGCGCUGCGUCUCAGCCUGGACUACGGGCAGCGAGAGGAACUGGCGAGCUGUGCGCGAACGCUCGCGCUGCAGUGCGCUAUGAAGGACCCGGCCAACUGCGCGUUGUCUGCGCUCACGCUUUGUGAGAAGGAGCACGUUGCCUUUGAGACAGCCUACCAGAUCGCGGUGGAUGCGGCGGCGACGGCUAUGACGCAUGCACAGCUUUUCACCAUCGCGCGAUACAUGGAGCACCGCGGCUACCCGCUGCGUGCCUUCAAACUGGCGUCACUGGCCAUGGCACAUGUCAGCCUGGCGUACAACCAAGACACGCAUCCUGCCAUUAACGACGUCCUGUGGGCGUGCGCUCUCAGCCAUUCGCUGGGCAAGAACGAGCUGGGAGCCAUGGUGCCCCUGGUGGUGAAAGGCGUGCGCUGUGCCACCGUGCUCUCGGACAUCCUGCGCCGAUGCACGGUGACGGCGCCCGGCUUGGCCGGUAUUCCCGGCCGCCGCAGCUCAGGCAAGCUGAUGAGCACGGACAAGGCGCCACUGCGCCAGCUGCUGGACGCCGCCAUUGGUGCCUACAUCAGCACCACACACUCGCGUCUUACGCACAUUAGCCCACGCCACUAUGGUGAGUUCAUUGAAUUCCUGGGCAAAGCACGUGACACCUUCCUGAUGGCGCACGACGGCCAUGUGCAGUUCGCCCAGUUUAUCGACAACCUCAAACAAAUCUACAAGGGCAAGAAGAAACUGAUGAUGCUCGUGCGUGAACGCUUCGGCUGAGGAGCCUUGAAUGGACUCCCCACUAACUCCUUGUUUAUUUAAGGCAUUAUUUUCUUCCUGUAUAUUCUAAAUAUCCUUUUUUUGGUUUGUUUGUUUGAUACAGUUUGCGUUUAGUGAACAACCAACGUUCACGGAUUUAUUCGAACCUGUGGAGGCCAGAACAACUUUUUGAAUUUUGGCUUAUGCUCGCUUUAGUUUAAUACAGACGCAGAAGUGGCACAUAAAGAAAAAAAACCAAAUGAUAGGCGGAGUAUUUUGAGCCUUUUCCAUCGUGGUGAUUGGUGGUUCUGAUUCUUGUUUUGUUUGUUUUUUCAGCAACGAGCUCGAAACAGUCAUUCCGGAGAAAAAAAACACUCGCACACAGUGUUAACAGUCAUACCUCGAUCGUAUUUUAAGGAACAGCUUUAACAGGAUGAGGAAUGAGGCUGAGGCCUUGUUCCAGAGGGUAGAGCGAAAAAAAGCUAGCUGGAACAUCAAGGUGUUCCUCAUCUUAGCGCAGAAUCUACAUUAACCAGGAAUCAGCCAAGCCGUGAACGCCACCCUCCCCUCUGUCCGCUCCUUCUUGGUUUUUCUUCGCCUUUAUUUCUCGUGUUGGGAAGAUUUAAGGGAACAUUACUGAGAGCCACGCCUCCACACCUGAGAAGAGCAAGGGGUUUCCUUCUCCGCCUAAAUAUGAACAAAGACCUCAUCUUUCUGAAAAUGGAUUUAUUUUUGGGGGAGGGGUGAAAUGCAGACUUAACCAGAGAUUCUUGCACCAUUAAAGCUCAGCGUUAUCAUGCAUGCAAUGCUUCAUCAAAUUUUCCAUCUACGUAAGCGCCCUUUUAAAAGUAGUAACGUUUGGCAGUGAUUAUUGGAACAUCAGCCAUGUUGUUCUGUUCAGAAACAAAAAUAGUUCCUGUAGUUGUGUUGUAAUACAAGCACUUGAUUCGCUUCCUCCCCUUUCACCGUGUCCGUCAUUAACAAUUACUUUUUUAUUUUAAAUGCAAGAGGACCAAAAAACAGAACAUCUUCCACAUGCCACCCUCAGCCACCCCUACAAGUGCCCGCUCGGCUCCCAACACUUAGAAUGCACUCGGCGGCUACGAACGGAAGGAAACCUGGAGAGAAAGGACAAGAUGCUCAACUCAGUUCUCAGGGAAUCACUUAAAGAAACGAAACAAAAAAAAAUAGUAGCAUAAGCAUUUAAGAUAUUGUAAAUAUGAAAGUGUCAAUUCAAAAAAUUGUAAAGUUAUAAUUAUUUAUGAUAACUGUAUGGUUUCCUCUUUUUUUUUUUUUUUUGUUAUUUUCUUUUCGGAUACUUGAAUUUGUCGCGGGCUGGGAAUGUGACGGCAGAAAGACUUUUUUUUACAAAAAAAAAAAACUAAACAAAAAAAAAACAUUUCUCAGGUGCUCCUGUGAACAGUUCUAUUUUCCUCCUUAUUUCUUUUUGUUUGUUUGUUUGUUUGUUUUUGUUCUUUUGUAUACUUCAUUUGCAAGAGAAGCAUGGCGUGUAAAAAAAUAAAACAAAUAAAAAAGAACGGAAGAAAGCAAGAAAAGGAAGAACAGCCGUUGAACUGACUAUGCAGAACCACUUCCUGUUUUUUUUUUUUUUUUCUUUAACCCUCUUUGGGAACUGACAGUUUUGGGACUUUUGCCUUUAAGUGAUUUGCAUAUGUCUUUUUUUUUUUUUUUUUUUUACUUUAAAAGCCUUAUCAUCUUCUCGAAGUGAUUUAAGGAGUCAGAAGGAUGCCACUAGCGGUAGAAACCAGACCUGAGCUGAUGAUUGCGUACGCAUGCUGUAUUAGUGGUACAGCUCUAAAUUCUUCUUUGGACGGAGCAACAUUUUAGGCAAAAUUUUACGAAAGAGAAUUAUAAUAUGCACCAUUUAAAGCAUAACUGGCAUUCGGGACACAUGCCUAUUCCAGAACACACUGGCUGUAUUAUAAUAGAGAGGAUUCCAGAAAAGCUCUGUUUAGAUAUGAUGCCUCGAGAUGCCGUUACGGAUAAAUACGAGGAGACUUCGGUUUGGGUCGUUUUUGAUUUAAAACGUUUUUCCCCACUUUCAUUCCUUAACUUCCCUCCAAAACUUUGCCACAGAAGACGCAUUUUAUUUUACACAAAAAAAAACCUUCCACAGUCUGUUUCCUUCAAGCCGUCUGGUGUGACCUCGACCAGAUCGAGUCGUGAGCGGUGGAAGAGCAAGCAGAUGUUUUGCAGGUUUAGAGACUUUUCCUACAUUUGCCUUUUUCCCUCAUGACGAAUGCAGGACCAUCGUAGCUGCCUGCUUAUAAAAACUCCACACGCCCAAGCAUCUUUAGUAGCUUGCCUAGCUGAUCCAGCAGCAUUGCACAAAAAAACAAUAAAAAAAAUUUUUUAAAAAUCCUGUGGCGCUGCGAUUUAUUUUCCUUUUUUUCCCCUCUCUUUCCCAUAACUCUUUACGUGUCUAAAUGUGUUGACUGUACCAGUGUUCUGAUCUGUCCAUAGAGUUUAGAAGGAAAAAAAAAGUUAUAAUAAUCGCUGGUAGAGAUUGUUCACUAGUUCAUCUACUGUUUGAGUUCGGUUUUUUUCCUCUCUUCUUUCAUUUUUUUAUUUAAGGGAAAAGUGUUUGUCACCUCUCCGUGCUACUGAAAUAUGAAAAAGGUAUCCAGUAUUUGUUGCCACAAAAGUAUAGUUCGACGACAAUUUUUUGUUUUUUUUUCGUUUGUGCAACCUCUUGAGCUAAUGUCUAUAAACAAAAAUUUAUUACUAUUUAUGUAAUGCUACUACCAUUUUAUAUGAUUUGUGUUGAAUUUCAGUGCUUUUUCUAUGAAUAAAGUGUGAAACACGU